AUGAUGCAUAUUCUAACCCAAAUUUGGAGGUUAGUGUUGCAUCCAAAGGUGUGGAGAUUUGUUGGCUUUGCUUCAGCCGUUGUUGGACUGCUAUGCUAUGCUCUAAGCUCUUCCUUCAACCACCUAUUUGGAAAUUGGAAUUUGUUCAAGAUAAUUCUUUACACUCUUUUCAGCUUCAUCAUCAGCCUCGUGAUUUUGUAUGCAAAUAUAUGGAAGUCAUCUACAAGUCUCCGAUUCAAAGCUCAUGCAGCUUUCCUCGUAUUGACAAUCACUUCUGUCUAUUCCUUUUUCUUUGAUAAAGUAGUGAAUGGGAAACCAGAUGCGUACAAUCUCGUUUCAUGUGCUUCCUUUGCGAUCAUGUCACUUAGUUUGUCGCGGCAAACUCAUUGCGGAGUUGAAAUUGAUCUUCUCUACUUCUUCCUUGGAUGUCUAAUUGUGCAGCUCAUGAAGAUUAGCUUGCAGUUACUCAUUCUUGGAGCAGGUUUCAGCUACUCCCUUAUUAUUCUUCGUUCUUCCUUCUCUUCAAUAGAUGAUGCAAUAGCAAAUGAGUAUUUUUACCUGCAAGGUGAAAAUUCAGUUUUCCUUAAAUUGGAUUCAUUGCUACUGCAACAACUUAAAACUUGUAUGACGGAAAUUGAGAAGGAAAAUUUGAAUCUCAUAGACAGGCUUAUGGAGCUCGUGAAGGAAUACAAUCAAGAUAAGAGUGAAUUACAUUUACUUGAUAAGUGUGAUUUUGUAAUGGAUACUUUGUCAUCAAGAAAGAUCCAUAAUCUUAAUGAAAUUGUGAAGUUGAUGAUAGCAGCUGGUUAUAAGAAAGAGUGCUAUGAUGUGUAUAGUAGUUGGCGCAGGGUAUUCUUGCAGGAGUGUCUCAUAAACAAAAUAUUUGGUUUGCGAACUACAAACAUCAAUAUUACCAUGGAUGAGUAUGAGACAGAGCAAUAUUUAGAUACCAUGUUUGAAAGAUGGAUGACUGCUUCAGAUGUAGCUGUGACAAUCUUGUUUCCCAUUGAACAGAAACUCUGCAAUCGUGUCUUCUCAGGGGUUUCCUCUGCGGCUUUUAGUUGUUUCUUUGAGGUUUGCCACGAAGCAAUGUCUCAGCUGCUGGGUUUUGCAGAUGUGAUUGCUUCCGGGAACCCUACGAUAUGA